CACAUCCGGCCGGGGAGGGAACGACCGCUUCAAGCCCGUCCAAGAUCAUCGCCAGCGCCCAAGAGCCGCCUAUAUUAUUAGGUGAUCCAUGACCAUCACACGCGGCAGAGCUCGGCAGCCGCAUGCCUGCAUCGCUGAUCUCUUCCCCUCUCCCCCACCCACCGCUUCUGCUAGCCGCCGCUGGUCGCCAAUGGCGAGACGCGAGCUGUUCCUCGCGCUGCUGUGCAUAGCGGCCUCAGCGCUAGCCACCGGAGCCGACGCCGCCGACGCGAGGAAGAUGGUCGGCGUGUACGAGCUUAGGAAGGGCGAUUUCUCCGUCAAGGUCACCAAUUGGGGCGCGAGACUCAUGUCCGUCGUCUUUCCCGACUCCAAAGGGAAUUUGGCUGAUGUCGUCCUUGGCAGAGACACCAUCGCUGAAUACGUCAAUGACACCUCUUACUUCGGGCCGAUAACGGGGCGCAUAGCACAGAGGGUCGCCCGUGGCCGGUUCGUCCUCGACGGCAAGGUCUAUCACAUGUAUAAGAACGACGGCAACAACUCCAUUCACGGUGGCGGCAGAGGGUUCAGCAAGAGCAUCUGGACGGUGAAGGAGUACGUCGGCGGCGGCGAGUCCCCGUUCAUCACCUUCUACUACCGCAGCUUCGACGGCGAGCAGGGCCUGCCGGGGAACGUGGACGCGUACGUGACGUACCGCGUGUCGGGCCCGCCCUACUCGCUUGGCGUGCACAUGAACGCGACGGCGCUGGACAAGGCGACGCCGGUGAACUUCCUGCUGCACGCGUACUGGAACCUGGGUGGGCACGGCAGCGGCGACGUGCUGGGGCACGCGCUGCGGCUGUUCGCGUCGCGGCACGCCGUGCUGGACGAGGAGCUGCUGCCCUCGUCGGGGCGCGUGGAGCCCGUGGCCGGCACGCCGCUGGACUUCCGGGCGCCCACGGCGAUCGGGGCGCGCAUCCGCGGCGUCAUGGGCGGCCGCAUCGUCGGGUACGACGCCAACUACAUCGUCGACGGCGAAGGGAUGCGGCCGGUGGCACAGGUCCGGGACCCGGCGUCCGGCAGGGGGUUGGAGCUGUGGGCGAACCAGCCCACCAUGCAGCUCUACACGGGCAACUGGCUGAACCGCACCGCCGGGAAGGACGGCAAGGUGUACGACCAGUACGGGGGGUUCUGCCUGGAGACCAUGGGCUACGUGGACGCUGUCAACCACCCGGAGUUCCCGUCCCAGACGCUCAGGCCCGGCCACGUGUACAACCACGACAUGGUCUUCAAGUUCUCGUUCUAGGGUGCGCAUGCAUGCACUGAGGAAGCACGAGAUGUAAAAUAAGUUCAGCAUUGGUGUGUGUGUGUGUGUGGAGGGGUACGGUGGUGAUCAAUAAUCACAGGAUCGGAGAGACGGAGAUGGCAUUU